AUUGCGGCUGUUUAUUAUUAAGUAGUGCUAGGUUUUUGUUUUAUUUGUAUUAAUACGAGUUAAAAGCAGAGCAGACACAAAUUAACUCACCAUGGACAGACCACAGAAAAUGCCCAAGGUGGCGAAGGUGAAGAAUAAAGCACCGGCUGAGGUGCAAAUUACGGCGGAACAAUUGCUGCGUGAAGCUAAGGAGCGCGAUCUUGAGAUAUUGCCACCGCCACCCAAACAAAAAAUCUCCGAUCCAGCCGAGUUAGCGGACUAUCAGCAACGCAAGCGUAAGACGUUUGAGGACAACUUGCGAAAGAAUCGCAUGGUCGUUAGUCAUUGGAUAAAGUACGCACAAUGGGAGGAGCAGCAGCAGGAGAUUCAGCGAGCGCGAUCCAUAUGGGAACGCGCAUUGGACAACGAGCAUCGCAACAUUACCAUCUGGCUGAAGUAUGCCGAAAUGGAGAUGAAGAACAAGCAGGUAAAUCAUGCGCGUAAUCUCUGGGAUCGGGCUGUCACCAUUAUGCCGCGUGUCAAUCAAUUUUGGUACAAAUACACCUAUAUGGAGGAGAUGCUAGAGAAUGUGGCCGGUGCUAGGCAAGUCUUCGAACGCUGGAUGGAGUGGCAGCCCGAGGAGCAAGCCUGGCAAACAUACGUUAACUUUGAGCUGCGCUACAAAGAAAUCGAUCGUGCACGAGAGGUAUACGAAAGAUUUGUGUACGUACAUCCCGAUGUCAAGAACUGGAUUAAGUUUGCACGCUUCGAGGAGACGCACGGCUUCAUACAUGGAUCACGUCGUGUCUACGAACGUGCCGUUGAGUUUUUUGGUGACGACUAUAUCGAGGCGCGUCUGUUCAUUGCCUUUGCCCGUUUCGAAGAAGGUCAAAAGGAGCACGAUCGAGCGCGCACCAUAUACAAAUAUGCGCUGGACCAUCUGCCCAAGGAGUGCACACAGGAACUCUUUAAAGCAUACACCAUACACGAGAAGAAAUAUGGCGAUCGUGCUGGUAUCGAAGAUGUAAUUGUGUCCAAGCGGAAGUAUCAGUAUGAGCAGGAGGUGGCCGCCAAUCCGACCAAUUAUGAUGCCUGGUUCGAUUACCUGCGUCUUAUCGAAGCCGAGGGCGAUAAAGAUGUAAUUCGUGAGACCUACGAACGCGCCAUAGCAAAUAUGCCACCGGCCAACGAAAAGAACUAUUGGCGUCGCUACAUCUAUCUGUGGAUCAACUAUGCCCUCUAUGAAGAACUCGAAGCUGAGGAUCUUGAGCGCACCAGACAAGUGUACAAGACCUGCCUGGAACUAAUGCCCCACAAACAAUUUACGUUCAGCAAGAUCUGGUUGCUGUAUGCGCAGUUCGAGAUACGCUGCAAGGAUCUGCAACGUGCACGCAAAACUCUCGGCUUGGCCAUCGGUACAUGUCCCCGCGACAAGAUUUUCCGUGGAUACAUUGACCUAGAGAUCCAACUGCGCGAGUUCGAACGCUGCCGCCUACUCUACGAGAAGUUUCUUGAAUUUGGUCCCGAGAAUUGCGUCACGUGGAUGAAGUUUGCUGAGCUGGAGAACCUACUCGGCGACACAGAGCGUGCCAGAGCUAUUUUCGAGCUGGCAGUGCAGCAGCCACGUUUGGACAUGCCCGAGCUGCUGUGGAAGGCGUACAUAGACUUUGAGGUGUCGCUGGGAGAGAUGGAGCUGGCCCGUCAGCUCUAUGAGCGUCUGCUCGAGCGUACGCAUCAUGUAAAGGUGUGGAUGUCUUUUGCCAAGUUUGAAAUGGGUCUCAAUCAUGGCGAGGAAGAUGCCGAGCUGAGCAUGCGCUUGGCUCGUCGCGUCUAUGAGCGCGCCAACGACAGGCUGCGUCAGUUGGGCGACAAGGAAUCGCGUGUGCUUCUGCUUGAGGCCUGGCGUGACUUUGAGCGUGAGGCGAACGAUGCGGAAGCGCUCCAAAAGGUGCUGGACAAGAUGCCGCGACGCAUUAAGAAACGCCAGAAGAUCGUCUCCGAUGAUGGCGUUGAGGAAGGCUGGGAGGAGGUCUUCGAUUACAUAUUCCCCGAGGAUGAGAUGGCGCGUCCAAACCUGAAAUUGUUGGCUGCGGCCAAGAUGUGGAAAAAGCAAAAGGACACCACCGACGAAGAAACGCCAGUGGCAGAAGCUCCAACGGAAUGAAACUCCAUGAUACCCUACCGACCAGUUCUGAUUAUAACAAUUAAAUGUGUAAAAUAAAUUUCAGCUUUGCAUUAGUUUUUUUCAAAUGGA